AUGGGUAUUUGUGUUUUUGGGUUUGUGGGGGGUGGUGGUGUUGUGUUGGUUUUUUUUGUGUUGGGUGUGGUGGGUUGGUUUGUUGUUUUUGGGGGGUGGUUUAGGUGUUUUGGGAUGUGGUGUUUUGGGGGUUUUGUUUUGUGGUUUGUGUGUGUGUGGUGGUUUAGUGUGUGGUGGUGGGGGUGGGGUGGUGGGGUGUUUAUGUGUUGUGUGGUGUGGGUUUUGGGGGUGUUUUGUAGUUGGAGUGGUUUGGGGAUGGUUAAGGUUGGGGGUUGGGUAGGUGUUUGUUUUGUGGGAGGGGGGUGGGGUUAUUGGGUGUUAUGUAGAGGGGGGGGGGUUUGUGUGGGGGGUUAUGUGUGGUUGGGGUGUUUAGGGGUUUUAUGUUUGGGUUUUGUUGGGGGGGUGUUUUUGGGUUUUUUGGGGGGGGGGGUUUGUGUUUGGUUUGUUGAUGUGUGUGGUGUGGUUUUGUGUGGGGGGGGUGAUUUGGGGGGUUGUUUUAGUGUGGGGUGUGGGGGGGGGGGUUGGGGGGGGGGGGGUUGGGUGGGGGGUUGGAGGGUGGGGGGGGGUGUUGGGGGGGUUGGGGGGGGGGGUGUGGGUGUUGUGUUAGUAGGGGUUGGUUGUGUUUGUGUGGGGUUGUUGUUGGGUGUGGUUGUUGUGUUGUGUUGGGAGUGUUGUGGGUUGUGGGUGUUGGGGGUGUGUGGUUUUGUUUUGAUUGUUGGGUGGGUGUUGUUUGUGUGUUGUGGGGGGGGGUGUUUGUUGGUUGUUUUGGUUUUUUUGUGGUUUGGGGUGAGUAUGAUGAUGGGUGAAAUAAGUGUUUUUUUUGUUGAGGUGUGGUUUUGGGGGUUUUUAUGUAUAGGUGGGGUUUUGGGGGGGUUUUGGGGGUUUUGGGAGUGGGGGGUAGGUGGGUGGGGUUUGGGGGGUGUUUGGUUUUGUGAGGUUGGGUGUGGUGUGGUGUGGGGUGUUUUGUUUUGGGUGGGGUAUUUUGGGGGGGGUUUGGGGUGUGUGUGGUUGUGGGGGUGGGGUGUUGUUGGUUUGUUUUUUGUUGUAAUUUGGGGGGGGGGUGUGAUUUUGUGUUGGUGUUUUUUUGGUUGUUGGUUUUGUUGGGGUUUGUGUGGUUUGGGUUUGAGGUGUUGUGUUUUAUUGGGGUUUGUGGUGGUGGGUGGUUGGUGGGUUGUUAUUGUUGUUUUGGGUUUGGUGGGUGUUGGUUGGGUGGGGGGGGUGGGUGUAUUUGUUGUUUGUUUUGGGGUUUAUAUGGGUUGGUUUUUUGUGUGGUUGUUGUGUUUUGUGUGGUGGGGGUUUUUGGUUUGGUGUGUGUGGUGGGUUUGUGGGUUUUUUUUGUGGUUUUGUUGGUGGGGUGUUAUUUUGUGUUGUGUUUUGUGGUUGGUUUUUUGUGUGGUGUGGUUUGGUGGUUGUGUUUAUUUUGUUGUUUUGGUGUGGGGUGGUGGUGUGGGGUUUGUGUUUUUUUGGGUUUUGUGUUUGGGUGGUGGUGUGUGGGGGGGGGUGGUGGGGUGGGGGGGGGGGUGGGUUUUGGUUGUUUUGGUGUGUUGGGUGGGUUGUUGGUGGUGUGGUUGGGUUUGGUUUUUUGGUUGUUGGUUGUUUUUGUUGGUGGUGGGUUGUGGUUUUGGGUUGUGGGGGUGGGGAAUGGGUUUUGAGGUGUGGUGGAGGGUUGGGUUGGGGAGGGGUGGGGGGUGUUGUGGGGGGUUGGAGGUUUUUGUUGUUUGGGUGGUGGGUUGGGGAUUGGGGUUGGUUGUUAGUUGGUGUGUGUUGAUUUUGGGGUGUGUUGUUGGUUGUUUGUGUGGGUUUGGGGGUAUAUGUGGGAGGGGGUUUGUUUGUUGGGGUUGGGGGGUUGUGGGUGGGGGUGGGGUUGUGGGUUGUUUUGUGGUUUUGGGGGGGUUGGUGUUGGGUUGUUUUUUUGUUGGGGUUUGUGUGUUGGUGGGGUGGGGGUUAGGUGGGGGUUGGUUUUGGUUGGUUUGGGUGGGGGGGUUGGGGUGUGUUUGGGGUUGGUUUUGUUUUUUUGGUUUGGGGGGUUGUUGUGGGAUGGGGUGUUUGUUGUGGGUGUGUGGGGGUUUUGGGGGUUUGUUGGGGUUGUUGGGUGUUGUGUUUUGUGGGUGGAGGUUUAGUGGGUGUUGUUUGGUGGAUUUGAAGUGGUAUAGUUGUUGGGUAUGUUUUUGUGGGGGGGGGGUUGGGGGGGGGUGGGGUGUUGGGGGUGUUAUUUUGGGUUUUUGGGGGGUUGUGGGUAUGUUGGUUGUUGGGGGGGGGGGGUUGGGGGGUUGUGGUUUGGUUUUUGAUGUGGUGGGUGGGUUUGGGUGUGUUUGGUGUUGUUUGAGGGUUGUGGGUUUGGGGGGAUAA